UUCUACUAUACAAGCCUUGUAAUUAGGAGGAGUUGCAGAAGCCCCGGCCAUGAUUUCAGACACCUCUUCGUGUUUGCAGAGAUGCCCGCAGGACAGCUUCCACAUUUAUCAAGGGAUGGAUGAUAUCCUCUACUCAUCCGCCGGAGCCGCUGCUUCUGGCACGGAUCAGAUCACAUCCUCCCACGCUCUUCUGUAUAGCCUCUCGGUCCUUAGAGAAAAGGUGCAGCAAUUGGAAUCUUGCGUGAGCAUGAUGACCUCUCCGAAUCGAACACAGCAGGAGUCGAUAGCCAUGGGAGUCUCCUGUGCAGGAAUCAUGAUACAGGAGAUCAUUCUUGCGGCAUCAUCACUGAGUUGCACGCUUCCGCAAGUGGGCCCAAGCACUGCCGUUGCAUACGAUGAGCCGCCACCGAGUGAGAUGAAGGUCGAAAGCGCAACAGCAUGGAUGGAUCAUUCAUCAAAUAACAGCCUAGGAAUCACCAGGAAGGACGAUUUCUUCAGCAGCAAUAAUCCGAGUACCAAUUCUGCUAUUGACGUCGACGAUGGUAGCGUUACCAGGGAUCAAAUUAGAAAGGUGAAACCGCCCCUUGAUCGUGCCGGAAUGAGGAAGGAAUGUUCUCAAGGUCUCUCGUCGAACGGAUAUACUAUAAUCGAAUUGGAUGCGGCUGAUCUCUUAGCCAAGUACACGCACUACUGCCAAGUAUGCGGCAAAGGGUUUCGGCGUGACGCGAAUCUAAGGAUGCACAUGAGAGCGCACGGGGAUGAGUACAAGAGCGCUGCAGCGCUGGCCAACCCGACGAAGAGCAGCAGGAGUAGCAGCUCAGGAGUGGCCCUGAAGUACUCGUGUCCCCACGAUGGUUGCAGGUGGAACAGGAAGCACGCCAAGUUCCAGCCCCUCAAGUCGGUGGUGUGCGCGAAGAACCACUACAAGCGGAGCCACUGCCCCAAGAUGUACGUGUGCAAUCGGUGCAACCUCAAGCAGUUCUCGGUGCUGUCGGAUCUCCGGACGCACGAGAAGCACUGCGGGGAUCUGCGGUGGCGGUGCUCCUGCGGAACCAACUUCUCCAGGAAGGACAAGCUCAUGGGUCAUGUGGCUUUGUUCGUCGGGCACACUCCACAACCCAGUCGCUUGCGGGACUAAGUUGAAGUAGCACUCGAUCAACGAUUACUUCAUGACUAUUGGAGACACAAAAGAAGUUCCGAAUUUGAUUGCUUUUGGUUACUGUUGGUCUCUAAGCCAUAGUUUUGAGACAGAAAACAAUGCAAAGGUAAAAACCUUUCUCUUGCAAGGUCACAGGAGGAAGAGGAAUCAUCAAUGCCAAGCACAAUGAGAACACGUCGGGCAAGCACUCGCCGGUCAACUAAAGAUGUUUAGUCUGGUGCUAUUGGUAAGGUGUCUUUCUCUUUUGACAUUUUUAUUACUCAAUGCUAUAGUUUUUAUAUGUUAUAAUUUUAUCAUUUAAUGUUAUUCAAUGUGAUAACUUUUUUAUUAGGAUCUUAUUCCAGCGAAAAGAAAGGAAUAGGAUAAACAUGUUAGAUCAAGCCGUUGAUUGAUUUUCCAAAGGGUGAUGUUCCAAUUGAUUUUCUAAUGGUAAACCUUUAGGGAGGACAAUCCACUGCUUAAUCACCCAAAUUAUCUUGAAGAAUCCUUAUUAUACUCCUUUGAAUGUCAAGAAUGAUGAUAACAUCGAACAACAUAAGAAGAAUAAGAUUUACAAAUUAGUAUCUUUGUGUGCAUGAUGAUUUAAUGUUAUAUUUUCAUAAUUUGAUUCCUGAUAUUUAUAAUUUAAGUACAAAAGAAUCAAUCAUAAAGAAUGUGUAUCAUGAUCAUCAUACACAAAUGAAGUAUAAAACCCAAACAAAAUACUUUAAUGUGAAUGCCACUUAUCAAGAAAAAAAUAUCUUCAUACAAUUCCGCAUGAUCGAUCGAAAUGGUUCGUAAAUUAAUUUAGUUCUCAAAUAUUUCGGUAACGUCUUUGUAUUCAUGCCAUAAUUUCACAAAAUAGGCCAUGCUUCGAGAUCCAAAAGUUAUGAACGAAAUUUUUUUUUUGUUAUUAUAUUCGAUACUAAUAUUUUAAUUUUUUUAAUGUUAGAUAAGAUGCAUAGGUAAGGAACCAUCCAAGAAUAUUUUUUUUUUUUGAGGUAACACACAAGGACAAAAUGAGGAAUAAGUGGGUUGAUGAUUAUGCGAAAUAAGUUGUGGUAUGAACGAUUUAUUAUUGUUUAUAUUUAUAUUUAAUCAGAUGAUACUUAUUUAAAAAUAUUAUGUUGUUAAUGUAGGAAAAAUACAAUGAGAUGAUUGUUAAUCAUUGAUUCUCAUUUGUAAACGAAGAUGAGAUAUCUGAAAGAGCCUGGAGAUUACAAACAAACAAGAAAGGAAAAAAUGUUGAAAGAUAUAUACUUAAAUGACAUUGGCUUCAUGUAGGAUACAAAGCGAGAUUAUAUUAUAUUAUAUUAUAUAUAUAUAUAUAUAUCGAUGCUUUAUGUAUAUUCAGGUGUCUUAAAUGCUCUAUAUUUCUGUAUUGAAUCUUGAACGGGCUUCUAGAAUGUUGUAUAA